ACAGGUGCAGGCGUUUGCCACUUUAUCUUUUCUGUCUGUCUGUGUUUCUCUCUCAGCUGCUUCUUCUCUCCCUCUCCUUUUCUUUCUCUGCACUCGAUUCCUUUUAGUUUUCUAUUUGUUACAGUGCUUUGAAAUCAUGGGGCUCUCCUUUCUCAACAAAACCAUUAAAUAAUUCUCUCGAUCACCUCCUCUCUCUCUCUCUCUCUCUCAAAUUUUAUUAAAUUCUAUAAUUAUUAAUUUUUCUAUCUAGCUCUAUUUUUAAUUACUAUAAUUUUUUCUUUUUUCUUUCUUACUUUCUUUUUUCUUUUUCUUUUUUUUUUUUUUUUUUUUUUUUUUUUGGGUGUGUGUGUGUGUUUUCCUUUUACAUCCUGUUUUGGUGUAUGUAUGGCUGGUUUAGACUUAGGUUCAGCAUCUCCCUUUAUUCAGCAGCUCCAACGCACCACCACCGACCUCCAUCUUCAAAGACCCCCCAACUCUGACGAUGACAACAACCACUUCUCCGCCGAUCAAAACGACGACGAAAACAACCUACAAGGCGGCCUUGACCUUGUCCCUAACUCAGGUCACGGCGAUAUCGUGGGCCGCCGCCCCAGAGGCCGACCUCCCGGGUCCAAGAACAAGCCCAAGCCGCCGGUGAUCAUCACCCGAGAGAGUGCCAACACGCUCCGAGCUCAUAUUUUGGAGGUCAGCAGCGGGUGCGAUGUGUUCGAAUCUCUUGUGACCUAUGUCCGGAAGCGACAGCGGGGGAUCUGCGUUUUGAGUGGAAGCGGCAUGGUCACCAACGUUAGUCUCCGGCAGCCAGCAGCGGCGGGAGCCGUUCUGACCUUGCACGGCCGGUUCGAGAUACUGUCACUGUCCGGUUCGUUCUUGCCUCCUCCAGCGCCGCCGGGGGCGACGAGCUUGACGAUAUUCUUGUCGGGGGGGCAAGGGCAGGUUGUGGGAGGGAAUGUCGUGGGAGCUCUCACGGCAUCGGGGCCGGUAAUCGUGAUAGCUUCGUCGUUUACGAACGUGGCGUAUGAGAGAUUGCCUUUGGAUGAGCAGGAAGAGGCACUUCAGAUGCAGCAACCUCAAGGAGGACCCGGUGGAGGCGGAGGAGGCGGCGGCGGCGGCGGCGGCGGCGGAGUGAAUAAUCCGUUUCCGGAUCCGUCAUCGGGACUUCCUUUCUUCAAUCUGCCACUGAAUAACAUGCCUCAGAUGCCUGUUGAUGGAUGGGGAGCAGCAGCUGGAAACUCAUCAGCAGGACGACCACCUUAUUAAAAUUGAUGAUCAUCAUCAACGGGGGUUUUUGUUUCUUAAUUAGGUAACCUAAUUAAACGACCUCAGACAAUCCUUCUCUUUUUUCCCCUUUUUUUUUUUUGUGUUUUAGAUAAAAUUAAUUAAGCCUCCAUGCCAUCUUUGUAAAAUCACGUUCUGUUUUUGUUUUCUUUGUUUUCGUUUCUUUCUUAUCUUCCUUUUUAUCUUUUUUUGUUUUUGUAACUCUCUUUUGUUUCUGAAAAAUUAAGGCUUAAUUUGAUGAUCAUGAUCAUGAUAUAUGUGGACUAC